AGCUGCUUUUUGAAAAAGGAUAAAAUUCAGAACAGCAAUAGUUGCAGUCAAAGCUUGUAGAGGCUUUAGAUGUUGCUGACCUGUUUCUUAAAUUGACAAACUAUAGUAACUAUUUCAAAGUUAUUGAGAUUUAAUAGUACUUGAGUACAUCGGUUAUACCAACUUUAAGAAACAGAGGUCUUCUAUAAGUAUUUUCUGAACAACAAAAGAAUGUAAGUGUGGCUUGUUCUGUGGCCUUGAUAUAACGCAUGAUUCGCAUGUGUUUUCUGUUUAGGCUUAAUCUUAAAAAUGGAACAGUACACAUCAUACAUAGGAUGUGAGAUUUCUAAAGUGCCUUUAUCUGAUACCGCCCAGAGGAUUAUGGCAGCUUUGCAGUCUAUUCCUGUAGAAGUUCAGACUAGCAGAAAAAAGAACCAGAGUAUAGAGAAGACAAAGGAAAAUAAACCAGCUGAUAAGGAUGCCCAGCUGAAAAAUGAAAAGGAGCUUCAGGAGUCCACAAUUGCCUUAUUAAAAACAUCUGGAAUAAAUACCACUGGUCAGAUAGUCAGGGCAGCAUACAGUGAAAUGCUUUGCUGUCAAGAUACCAAAGGAGCGAGCUGUUACCAGGAUAUAGACUUGCCAACAUGGGGAUAUCGAGAAAGAAAUCUUGCAGUAGAAGCCAAAAACCAGAAGGAUUGUGAAAAGAUUGUAACUGCUCCCCUUAAAAGAAAGCAAGAUGUGCCUGUAUCUUGUUCAGAGAAAACAAGGAGAUUACCUGUAAAGACCUACAGUUCCUCAUGUGAGAGAAGAUACGACUGUACUUCUGGACAAUCAGAGUCUUCUGAAGAUUGCCCUUUUGAUGUCAGGAAUUUAGGAUGUGAAGAAAAAAGAGAAUUGCUGAAAACUAUAAACCAGGCAGCGGCUUUUGUAACUACUAUGGUAUUUCAGGAUGGUUCUUCACAGCUCAACUCGGAGCAGGUCUUAACCUCAUCAGUAAAAGGAGUUGUUGUGUUAGUGAAGCAUCAGACUGAUCAGCCUUGCUCUCCCGGUUACUCUUCAACCGACUGUACUUGGAAUGCUGCUACUGAAAAUGAUAAAUUAAUUUAUUUAAGAAUUGAAUGGCCAUCUCUUUGGGAACAAGCAAAGCAGGCUCAUGAGAGAUUCGCUUGGCAAGUGUUGUCUCAAAUGCUGCGUUGCAAAGUUCCAAUUAUUUGCUUCAAUGCAAAAGAUUUCCUGAGGACUCUACUUCAAGUUUAUGGUAAUGAAAUUAGCUGGAAACAAGUUGCUGAUAGUGUCGUGUUAGAUCCCAGGAUUGCAGCAUGGCUGAUAAACCCCAGCGACACAGUUCCCUCUUUUGAAUGUUUAAUACAGAAGUAUUUUGAAAAGCCUUGUGCUAUGGGAACGGUAAAUACAGAUACAGGCACUUUGAGAAAUGCAUCAUAUCAAAACUUAGGUGUGAACUUGCAGAAGCUUUAUAAUGUAAUGAUGGAUCUUGCUCGUGACUUACAGGUUCAAGGUUUGUGGCAAUUAUUUUGCACAUUAGAGCUUCCACUUCUCAAAAUUCUGGCAGUGAUGGAAACACACAAAAUCCAUGUGAACAAACACGAACUGAAAAAAACAUCAGAGAUUCUGGGGUUGCGACUCAAAGAACUUGAACAGGAAGCUCAUCAAGUGGCUGGAGAACGAUUCCUUGUGACCAGCAGUAGUCAACUCAGAGAGGUGCUAUUUGAAAAGUUAAAACUGCAUACACUGUGUGAGAAAGUUCACAGAACUGAAAUACAACAACUGGUGUCCACCUCGGAAGUUGUGCUAAAGCAGUUGCAAGAUCUUCAUCCUUUGCCUAGGAUUAUUUUAGAAUACCGUCAGGUUCAUAAGAUGAAAUCAACUUACGUGGAUGGACUCCAAACGUGCAUGAGAAAGGGAUUUAUUUCCUCUACAUGGAAUCAGACAGGAACUGCGACUGGCAGACUCUCAGCCAAACAUCCGAACAUUCAAGGUAUCUCUAAACAUCCAGUUAGAAUCACAAAGAAACAGUGCAUAAAAGGAAAAGAAGAGGAAAUAGUAACUAUUUCCCCAAGAACAUUGUUUGUGUCAAAAAAAGGAUAUUCAUUUUUAGCAGCAGAUUUUUCCCAUAUUGAGUUAAGGAUCCUUGCUGACUUAUCAUCUGAACCAGAACUUCUGAAACUGUUCCAAGUACCUGAAACCACCGAUAUCUUUUCCACACUGGCUUCUCAGUGGAAGGGGAUUCCAAGUGACCAAGUGCAACAUGCUGAUAGGGAGCAAGCAAAGCGUAUAGUUUACUCAGUCCUGUACGGAGCAGGUAAAGAACGUCUUGCUGACUGCCUGGGAAUUACUCCUCUUCAAGCCAGUCAAUUUAUAGAGAGUUUUAUGCAAAAAUACAAGAAAGUACAUGAAUUUACGAAGAAAACCAUCGAACAAUGUCGAAAUAAAGGUUAUGUGGUUUCCAUCAUGGGGCGUAAACGACCAUUGGCUAAUAUCAAUGCACAGGAUUACAAACUGCGCACUCAAGCGGAGAGGCAGGCGGUCAAUUUUGUUGUUCAAGGAUCUGCAGCUGAUCUUUGUAAAAUGGCUAUGGUGGAGAUUUUUACCUCCGUUGUCAUUUCUCCAACUUUAACUGCCAGGUUAAUUGCCCAGAUUCAUGACGAGUUAUUGUUUGAAGUAGAAGAUUCUCAAAUCCAGGAAUUUUCAGCACUGGUAAAAAGAACAAUGGAGUCCCUGCAGCAAACCGCAGCCUUGGAAGUGCCACUAAAGGUUCCCUUGAAAGUGAUUCUUACCACUGGGAAAUCAUGGGGGUGUAUGACAGAAUUGCAGGAGAUGUAAAGCAGUCAUCGGGGAUGUUAUUCAGCACCCGUACACCUCAUUGGCCUAUGCUGAUUCCUCGCUGAAUCACUAGGCAACAGCGCUGCUGGAUCUUUCAUAAGCACCUAAUACUCUGCAUGUGAAUUUUUUUACUUCAUUUUGUCUGUAGCCCUAGGCAACAGCAGUGAGAUAAAACUGGUUUUUACCAGUUCAUUGUGUUUCCUUUAGCCAAGGUAACCAGCAGGGAGCUGCUUUUGUUCACAGCUAAAUUACUUACAUGUAAGAAAUGAAGCAAGACAAUAUUAACCCUUUGGGAAUGUGACAAAUACAUUUGAGUUAGAGGUUUAGACUUAAAUAUUUUGUGAAGUGCUUGUGUAAAAAUACUUGUAAUCUGGCACUGUUUGAACCGUAUCAGCAAAUGCUUAAUGUUGUGUUCAGUUUAUUUUAUAUUUUGUGAGUAGAAGGCAGCUGCUUGGUUUGCAUCACAUAUUAAAUGCCGUGUUCCACAGACUUAGAGAAAGAGUUGUUUGGAAAUUAAGAGUCUCCAACUAAAUUUAUAUUUAGGAUUUUGGAGCAAAACAGGUAAACACAACUGGAUGCCUAAACGCACUAAAACAACCAGGUUGUUGUCAAUUCAAUUAAUUUCAAACUCUAUUUGUAAACUGUAGCCUUAGAAUAUUUUAGAAGAAGUGUUAUACUUUUGCCUAAUCUGACAUUUUUAUUACUGAUGCAAUGCUAAAUAUCGUUCAGAUAUAUUUUAGGGUUCAGCCUUAUACUUUUUAGGAUUCAGGCUUCUAUUUUAAUGUUUGGAUUUGCUAAUAAUAUUUUGGGUUUCUGUAGAGUUUAUUCUUUAAAUAAGUUUGUUUCAUAGCAUUGCUGGUUGCUAAAUUCUUCCUCUGUGCUUGUAGAACAUGAAACUGUCCUCAAAGUCUGCUAAUUACUUAGAAGUUGAAGUCAAGCACAGAACUUUUAAGAGGUGUCCAGUAUCUUUCAGCAUUAGAUCUCAAAUGAUCAAAGUAAUAUAAUUUAAAUUUUUUAAAGUGUAUAGUUACAGAGAUUUUACAGCAGUUUGAAUUUGUAUCAUUAAACAAUUUUGCAUUGUGCUUAAAGGCAUUAAACUAUUAAACAUG